AUGACUGUUGUUACUACAAAAAACAUUCUCUUGGUGGUUCUCUUUGGUGCCCUCAUAUGCACCACCAAUGCCAGUAGGAAGCUUCUUGUGGGGAAUGCCCAAGAGGGCUCAUCCCUCAAUGAGGAGAAAACAUUCUUUGGUUACGGUGGCAUCGGUGGGUUAGGCAUUGGAGGCAUCGGCGGUGGCUUGGGCGGAGGCGGCGGUGGCGGAGGGAGCGGACUAGGUGGAGGGGCGGGAUACGGUUAUGGGGGUGGAGCUGGAGGUGGGUUCGGAUCCGGGUUUGGAGGCGGUGGUGGAGGAGGGUUUGGCGGCGGUGCCGGAGGCGGCGGCUUGCUUGAUGGCGGUUUAGGAGGUGGAUAUGGUGGAGGUGCUGGAGGAGGAAUUGGGGGUGAACUCCCUUGA